UUGGUCUCGACGGCGGUCGGCCGCCAGUCUCCGCGGAGAACUUGGCCGUGGAUGAGCCACCGUCGAGCCGGCUGCGCGUGUGCCCGUAUGUGUGUGUGUGUUAGAGAGAGAUAGCUAGUGCGUGUGUCAGUGUGAGUGAGUGCGCGGGCUGCGUGUCGGAGAGCCCACCGGCCGAGGGCCAGUUGUAGUGAUAUCAGUGCAGCGGACAGGAGUAUCGUGACAUGCAGCACCAGUGAACGCCCCCUCCUCUCGCCGUACUCCAGGAUGACGACGGACACAUCGAUGACAGCGGCGGCGGCCUCGCCCAGGACGCAGAGGCGGUCGCCGCGGGGCCACGGCGGCCCGGCCCCCCGCCUGUCGCUGUUGGUGCUCGCCGCCCUGGUCGCCUCGGCGUCAGCCCUCAAGGGCAGGGCAGUUCCGCGGCGUCCUCCUGGUCCGAGAAUCGACCCCGAGCUGGACGACUACGUGCUGGACUCGAACGAUACCCUCAAGCUGCGCUGCCAGAGCGCCUUCCCCGUGCGCUGGGUCAUACCAGAGACUGCUGAAGAGCACGCAAAGAAGAGUGUUUAUUUUGAGAGGAAAAUAGAUGACCAGCCGUACAUUAUUCAUUUAGAGGUCCCAAACUUAAUGUACUUGCAAACCGGAUACUACAGAUGUGUUGAUAAUGAUACCGAUACCACACAUUCAUCAAAUUUGGAGGAUAGGAGCCAUGUUGCAUCAAUCUAUGUGUAUGUUAGAG